AUGACGACGAAUGCUACAUUCCUCUUUUGGAUAGAGCUCAACUAACAGCAACUUCUUCCUUGCCCGAAAGAGGUCCAAAGAAUGCCAGGCUAAAUGGUGGAUCCUAGCAAGUAGCCUGGAGAGUAUCUCAAACGAGAUACCUUGCAAAACAUUGUUUUUAUAAUCAGAGAUAAUUUAAGAAAGUACCAAUUGCAGUCAUAAAAUAGACAAAAAGUACAUGGGAUGUGCAAACUGUGAUUAAAUAAUCGGUUAUGCGUAAUACCAAUAUUUUUAGAAUGUCAUCAGCUAUUCGGUGGGCAUUUAAUUGGAAAGAGUGGAACCCGAGCGAGCGAGAGUUUGAAUAUGCAAUUUCUUGUGUACAAAACGAUGAAAAGACCAGAUUAGGAAAAUUCGUAUUUCGUAAAGAUGUUAGAGCUUCCCUUGUAGGUAGAUUAUUAAUGAGAAAAUUUGUGAAUGAGUACACGGGUCUGCCAUAUGAUAAAAUUGUUUUCAUUAGAGAUGAAAACAACAAACCCAUAUUAAAAAAUAAGUCUACUGUUGUAAGUUUCAAUGUUUCUCAUCAAGGAUCUUAUACGGUUUUAGCGGGCGAGAUUAGAGAUAUAAGAUUAGGUGUAGAUGUUAUGGCAUUGGAAUAUACCGGAGGCAAAAGUAUCUCCGAAUUUUUUCGUAUAAUGAAUAGCAAUUUCUCAUCAGCGGAGUGGCAAGAGAUCAGAGGUUCUGCUUUAGAAAAAUCUGAAACAGAACAAAUAUCUAUGUUUUGUAGACAUUGGGCAUUAAAAGAGAGUUACGUUAAAGCACUUGGUAUGGGGAUUGUUGUUGAUUUAAGGAAUAUUGACUUUCGAACAAAUUCGGACUUAAGCGAAGAUUCGAUUACAACUGACACAGUCUUAUAUAUUGAUGGAAUCAAACAAAAUUGGUUGUUUGAAGAAACUUUACUCGAUUCACAGCACUGUGUUGCCGUCGCGUUGCAGGAGAAUGAUAAUUCAUUACAAUUACAUAAUACCUUGUUUGAAAUAAUAAAUUUUGAUAAACUUAUAGCACAUGCAGUUCCACUCUUUCCGUUAGAUCCACAAUACACGACUCAAUAUUUCGCUAAAUCUGAAAAACCACAACUUUAUUGAUUAUUCAUAGAAUAAUUGAAAUACUAUAUGA